AUGAAAAAAUUCAAUGAACAGCAGUUUUUACAAGACCUAGGAACUCAAACAUGGGAACAUGUCUAUUUUUUUGCAGACAAUCCUGACACUAUGUGGGAAAUUUGGAAACAACUUUUCUUACAAGUCCUAGAUAAACAUGCCCCAAUUCAAAACAAAAAAACAAAAUCAAAAAAAAAUCCUUGGAUUACUAGUCAUAUAAAAAAACUAAUAAUUGCAAGAGAUAAUUUGAAAAGAAAAGCAAUUAUCACUAAACUUGAAACAGAUUGGGAUAACUAUAAAAAAGCCAGAAAUGAAACAAACAAUCUUCUAAGACAAACCAAAAAGGAAUAUUAUUCCAAUAAAAUAGCGACUGAAAAGCAAGAUCCAAAAGCUGCUUGGAAGACAAUUAAUACUUUACUUGGUAAACAAAAUCAAAGAACUAAAGUAAAUGAAUUAAACUUAAAUGGCAUAAAAUUAACAAGCCCUGAUGAAAUUUCUGAGGGCUUCAAUACCUUCUUUUCAAAUAUUGGACCGAAUUUAGCCGAAGAAAUUAGUACACCAGGAUGUCAUUCUAAAGACUUCCUUGACAAAACUAAUUCUGAAUUUACUGCAUUCCAGUCAGUUACUGUUAGUCAUGUUUGUCUUUUAUUACGUGAACUGUCUGGUAGCAAAGCUACUGGCCUGGAUAAAAUAUCCAGCAAGAUAAUCAAAAUUGCUGCACCAUUAAUUUCCGAUUCAUUGACUUACAUCUUUAAUCAAGCAAUAACUUUAUGUACUUUUCCACAUGAAUGGAAAAUUGCAAGGGUAAUCCCCCUUUUUAAGAAUGGCAAACGAAACUUGCCAGGAAAUUAUCGACCAAUUUCUGUGUUGCCAGCCAUUAGUAAAAUUAUGGAACGUAUCCUAUAUACUCAACUUUAUGAAUAUUUGAGUGCAAAUAACAUACUUUCUGAACAUCAAUUUGGUUUCAGAAAAUUUCAUUCAACUGCAACAGCUUUAUUUGAUUGCACAAAUGAUUGGUACAUAAACAUGGAUAGAAAACCUUUUAAUUUGGUUGUAUUUGUAGACUUAAAAAAGCCUUUGAUACUGUUGACCAUGAGAUCUUAUUGCAAAAACUAAAACUAGUUGGAAUCACAGGAAGUGCAUUUCUAUUACUCAAAUCAUACUUAACUGGUCGUACUCAAAGAUGUGAAGUCAAUGGAUCUAUUUCAGGGGAAAACGACGUCAAAUGUGGUGUACCCCAGGGGUCUAUAUUGGGGCCACUAUUCUUCUUACUCUAUAUUAAUGAUCUACCUGCAUGUCUGAGUAAAACAAAACCACGGCUGUUUGCUGAUGAUACAAAUAUCACAGCAGCUGGAGAAUGCUUAAGUGAUCUUGAAGAUGCAGUAAACUCAGAUUUAGAAAUGCUUCGUAAAUGGCUCAUGGCAAACAAACUGAGCUUGAAUGUGGCGAAAACUGAAUUUCAAAUUAUUGGUACUAAACAGAUGCUGAAGAAAGCUUCUGUUCAGCAACUUAAAAUUCACAUUCAAAACAUACCCAUAAAGCAGGUUUUUCAAUGUAAAACACUAGGUGUGACUGUUGAUGAAAAUUUGUGUUGGAAGAGCAAUACAGAUAAUAUAUGUAAAAAGAUAUCAUCUGGAAUAUACGCUCUUAAAAGCAUUAAAGAAUAUGUUGAUCAAAAAACACUCGUUUCCGUAUACAAUGCUAUAAUUCAACCAUACUUUAGCUACUGUUGUGAAGUUUGGAAUAUAUUUGGUGAAACGCAAUCCACGCGUCUCCAAAAACUUCAUAACAGAGCUGCUCGUGUAAUAGCAUGUGUACCUAAUGAGGUAGAUCAACAAACUGUGCUAAAUAUAUUAGGAUGGGAACCACUCAAGGAACAAAGAGUGAAAGCAAAGGCAAAAAUAAUGUUUAAAACGCUAAAUAACAGGGGGCCAAAUUGUCUCAAAGAAUUAUUUACUUUCAAAAAAGAAAUAUUAAACCGCAGUCUUCGUAACAGCUCAAGUACCAUACGUUUGCCCAAGCCAAACACAAACAAUAUGAAAAAGAGUUUCAUGUAUGAUGGAGCUUCCAUAUGGAACUCUCUUCCAAAAAAUAUAAGAGAAAGUAAUUCGCUCUCAAGUUUUAAAAUAAAAAUCGCUACCUAUAGCUUAUAAAGAAAACCACAUCAUUGUAAAUAGCAAACUUUUUGUAUAUAUUUUAGUAAUUUUAUAUUCUGCAUGUUAAUACUUCCUUAUUAUUUUACUUGUAACAAUUUAAUGUUUUUUACACGCCCAUUGUGGAAACCAGCUUCUACUGACAAUGUUAGCGUGGUUAAAUAAAGUUUAUCAUCAUCAUCAUCAGCUGAGUUGUUGUGCUUGUUAUCAGAAUAGGGGGCCCCAGGGACAGCUUGGCAAAUGCUAAUAAGGGCAUUUGCAUAACCUACCUUAUAUAAGUUGUUUACGCCAGUAGCUCAUUCUCAGUCGUGACAUUUAGUUGUUCCCAUCCCCCCUCAUCCACGGGGGUUCUUAGUCGUUCCCACCCCUCACCCACGCCCAUCCGUAGCCUUCCCGGCGGAAGCCCGCAGCCAACCCCAUCGCUUGGCUCGCUGCCCGUUGUUUGCCCAAUCUCAGUUAAGUACUUUCCCCUGUUCAUGAUCUGGCACCUCGCGCCAGCCUCGCUGGGUUAACGACCCUCGUAUCUCACAAUCCUUCGUCUGUCGCAUCGUCCUUCCCGUCCUGUGUUCGCGGCAAUCAGCGUCAACAAUCGGCCCAAACUCGUGUCAUAAGUCGUUCGCUAUACAGUGUCUCUUUCGGAGCGUGUCUUAGUGCCCUUGCUCAUCUCCACUUCCUUAGGAAGUGUGAUUGUGGUACUAUAGGGGAGAGGUGUUGUUCUCGGCACUCAAGAACAGCUAGGUUAAAUGUAAAUACGUUACCAAUUCGUCGAUACCUAAUUUGUGAACGUGGCCAUGACUAAACGCAAACUCUCGAGCCACGGUCAUGGCUUCGACCGAACUUCCUCUUCAGUGGUACCACAAACCGCCAAGUCACUUAUCAGAUUUGUCAGUUACGAUCGAAGCGAGCUUGUUAAUAUAUUUUAAAUACUCUAACAUUUGAAUAGAGGGAAGAACAAUAUUUACAUAUAAUAAAUUUGGUAAAUGAUAUUCCAAAUAUCAGAUUAACGUACUAUACAAACAAAAUUCUCUAUUGAAUUCAAAAAUACAUUGUCAAUCAAAGUUGCCGUACGGCUAGUAAUUCUCGUUGUCUGCACAAUUCUUGUACCAUUUCGACCAUAUUACCCACACUAGAAGCCAUGCACGUUCUACUCAUAUAUGUCUCCCAAAUCGGAAUUGCAAUCGUGGUUCUUGAUUGAGCGAUAUCACGUGCUAAGCCAAUAUCUCGAAGCUUCAGGUCGUCCUUUCCCCUAUUUGUUAAUGGAUAAUUAGUCAGGUUUCAGAUUUCGACGAAGAAUGGGUAGGUCUAGGAAUUUUAAGUUAUCUGAGGAUUCGUAAACCUGGCAGACCUAUGUCAGAUUUUUUUUCUUUUCUGGGUUCGUUUAGCAGAGCGUUCAAGUCGCCGUCUGAACGGAGCUCUGUUAAGACGAGGAACAAUGACUUUUUAUAUAAUAACUUAUUAUCGACUGUCUUGAUUUGCACCAUUUGCUCGUGCCUUCCUUAAGUCAAUGUGAUAGUUUCUUGCUGGACGCGCUUGACUACAUCAGUCGUGGACGGGUUAUUACAAUCGAUUACUUUUAGCGCAAAUUGUUUCCGUUCUACAGUGUAACGUACCAUAUACACUGUGCCAAGUGCUCCACUUCCGAGUGUGGCCUGAACUAAAAGUUUUAUUGGCCCUACUUUGAUGUGCGAUCCAAUUUUAUGCAAUUUCCUUGCUGAUGCGUAGUAAAUGAGUAAACAACAGGUAAAAAACUUUGCGCUUGAUUGAAAACGUAUUAUUUUGAACCCACGCAAAACAGGUAGCAUGCAUAUAGCAAUUCGAUUAAUGUUUGCUUUAUUGGAGAUUUUGGUCCAUUUUUUUUUCUACUAGCCAAAUUUAUCAUUUAUAUAUUGCAUUAUUGGGAAUGUCGAAAACUUACGAAAAUGUUUAGAGGGUUAACAUUUGCCCCCGACUUUACAAAUCGGAAGUGCCAGGGAUUCCGACGGAAAUGUUCAAUAAUUCCUAUAUACUAUUACGAAUUUUGAACAUGAAUUUUGAAAAUCUUGAAAUAGUUUAAAUUUUGUGAUUUUAUUGAGCACUCAUUGUGAACUCCUAAAGAGGCAGAGAAGCACUGUUUGUUGGCUGCAUUUUAAUUUCACAUUCAAUUAAUGUUUUCGCAGAAAACUGAGCCGCAAUUCAGUUCUCUUUAAAUAUAACAAUUACGUAAUUCAGGAGCCCAAAUGUAGUUAUAUGCCAGGUGGGCCAUGAAAUUUAACCUUGUAGUUUUCAAUUAAUCUAUCACCCAGAAUGUCCGCAUAAUAUUACCAUAUUUGAAUUCCCAUCUUAUUUCACCUUUCGUUGAAAAACGUCGCUGAAAAAUACUCAGAAAAAAAGAAAAAUUUAGUUGUAUUUAAAUCAUAAAGACAUCUAGAGAGCUUCAUAUAAUCAUGUCAUUCUCAGUAUUCGGACAAACACAUUUGAGUAAAAUUAGCUAAAUUUAUGAGUAAAUUCACUCCCAAUUUCCAACUUUCUAAACCUGCUUUAAAUUAAUUGUAUAGGAUUCACAUUUAAUAUUUUGACUGAAAAUUUCUAUGACGAUGAAAAUAUUGUUCUUUCGAACAUCUUAUAUUUUUUGUUCUUUCGAACAUCAUAUAGGCCUAACAAAGGCAAGAAUUGCAAUCUGUUUGAACUUUUGACUACCACAAUAUCGCCACUGUUGUUGUCAGAGUAUAUGACUAUUGCGAACACUGUCACUAUAGUUUAAAACGUUACAUUAUUUAUCAAUUUGCAGGUAACAAAGCAAGAAAUCGCCAUUGUUUGACUUAAUCGUUACGUGAUUCACUUGAGUCAAGACAAUAAAAAUGGCGAUACUCUUGUAAUUACGCAACUAAAUGGAUGAAAGCACUUUGUUUUGGUGUAAUGCAGAAAUUUGUAACUGCCUUACUGAUUCAAUUACAUUAACGUUGUAUAUCACAGAGGAAAAUCUAUGCUGUAGGACACAAGUGGUAGUUUUGUCCUCAAGUUACAGAUUGGAAAGAGAACUACUUAAUUACGAAAAACGUUUUAAACUGCAAUCUCGAUGUAAACAAUCUGAAAAAACUGAAGUUAUGAUUACAAUUAUCAUCAAAAUGAAAAAAAGAAACUUUCUUACCAUGCAUGGCAAUUAUUCUCUGCUCACUAUCGCACAAUAAAUUGCUCCAUUUCGAGCAUAACAAUCCCCGAGCCACGAGCGGAGGGCGUACGGCGAAGCCCGUGGUGAUGAUGGUUUUCCGCUUGGCGGCAAUUUACACCAGUGGAUGAGUAAUAAGUUCAAAAAUUUCAAAGAACGAGUAAUAAGUUGAAGAGUUUUUCGGCAAAACCUGUUAAUUUUAAUUAACGUAUAAAAAAGUUUAAUUUAACGGCGAAGCAUUUCGUGUUGAAUUAUAUACAUUUCAAUAACGCCCAAACAAGGGAAAAGAACAUACCUAUACUUUAUAUAUGUUAGAAAUAGAUGGUCUGCGUUUCCUGUGCCUGCAUGUUUUCCGGAUAGCCUAUGGUUGUAUACCAAGUGGAAUUAGCACCCUUUAUUUUUUUCAUUUUUACACGGAUUAUCAGAAUGACAUUCUAACAAUACAUAAAUCAUGUUACGGUAUGCAACACAGGAUUUCGUGCAACUAUAUGUUCAGGAUUUCCGACAUAUAGUUGACUUCAGUUUUCGAGAUUUAUUUAGAUUAACAAUUUCAAAAGCAUUUAAUAAAAUGCUUCAAAAGUUUGAACAUUUAACUGCCUGGAAAAGCAUCCUCGUUUUGAUGGGCCACUCAAAUGCAAAAAUAUCCUAUCACACUGUUCAAAUAAAUAACGAUUUUACCUGAACAAUGUACUCCAUCACCAUCAAAACCAAUAUUACAUCUACACGUAAAUGAACCUGGCGCAACUUGACAUGAUGCAAUUGGGCUACAUGGAUUUGUUUGACAAGUAUUGAUAACUGAAAUAAUUACAAGAGAUACAGAUUCAUUUUUCUAUCAUCACGAUUCAAAUCUUUUUAUAUGGAACACGACAUUCGCCGUACAAUGCACUGCUCAUAAUGUACAUACUAAAACCCCUGUCCCAUAAAUUAACAAACUCAUUUCCAACAUAGUCUAUGCUAUACCCGCAUAUGCCUAAACAAAGGAGGGUCAUUCAAAAUACGUCGAAAAUUUCAUUACCACAAUUGGUAAAUUCGAAAAUCAAAACGACGUUUUGAUAAUAGAUCUUUCAAGAUAAGACGUUUUGUGACUAAAUACCAACCGAUGGAAUCGAUAAAUUAAGUAACUUAACCGUGAUUUAAAAUAUUUAUUUUAGUUACUUUUGAUCAUUAACAAUAUAUACAAAAAGAAUAUAUAUUUCUAAAACUCAAGUAGAAAUACCUGAUGUUGUCGCUAUUGCUCUGACUGUUGUAUAGGUAACAUUUAGUGUCACUGUUGUUGCAUUUUCGGUCAAUCUUAAUGCUGAGGUUGGAGUUGUUCUUGAGGCCAGUGUUACUGUUGUGUAUCCUGAAUUAAUCGGCGUUGUUGAUGUCGUACUCCGUGCGGAGGUCGGUGUUGCUGCUGUGUUUGUUACUAAGGUCGAUGUCGUUGUCGUGUCCGCUCCAGCAAUCGACGUUGUUUUUGUGCCCGCUGUAGACGCUGUUGUUGUUGUAUUCGGCGCGGAGGUUGCUAUUGUUGCUGUGUUCGUUGUUGAAGUGAGUGUUGUUGUCAUCUUCACUCCUGAGGUCGCCGUUACUGCUGUGCUCGCCGCUGACAUUGGUAUUGUUGUUGUUGUUGUGUUUGGUCCCGAGGUAGCUGUUGCUGUGUUUAUUGCCGAGUUGGGUGUUGUCGUUAUCCUCUCUCCUGAGGCCGGCGUUCCUGUUGUGCUCGCCGCUGACGUUGGUAACGUUUUUGUUGUUGCUGUGUUUGUUGCGGAGUUCGGCGUUGUUGUUAUGUUCGCUGCUGAGAUUGGCGUUAGUGUUGUUGUUGUUGUUGUUGUUGUUGUUGUUGUUGUUGUUGUGUUAGGUGCGGAGAUCUCUGUUGUUGCUGUUUUUGUUGCCAAGUUGGGUGUUGUCGUCAUGUUCGAUCCGGAGGUUGGCGUUAAUGUUGUCCUCGCCGCUGACGUUGGUGUUCGUGUUGUUGUGUUAGCUGCGGAGAUCGCUGUUGUUACUGCGUUUAUUGCCGAGUUGGGUGUUGUUAUUAUGUUCGCUCCUGAGGUCGGCGUAACUGUUGUGCUAGCCGCUGACGUAGGUGUUCUUGUUAUAUUCGAGGUCGGUGUUGCUGAUGUUGUUGUGUUCGGUGGGGAGGUCGCUGGUGUUGCUGUGUUUGUUGCUGAGUUGGGCGUUGUUGUUAUUUUCGCUCCCGAGUUCGGCGUUAAUGUUGUGUUAUCCGCUGACGUUCCCGUUGUUGUUGAUGUUGUGUUUGGUACGGAGGUCGGGGUUGUUGCCGUGUUCGCCGUUUCACCUGUUAUUGUUGUAAUUGUGUUCGCGGCAGAGGUCCGUGCAGUUGUUGUGUUCGCUGCUAAGGGCGGUGUCACUGUUGAGGUUUGUUGCUGA